UUUUUUCUAUUCCCCAAUGACUUCUUCUUCCUCCUCCUCUCCACAGUCCACACUGUUCAUCUCCUCCUCCCCUCCCUCCCAAUUCGAUUCCCAAAUCCCAAAAUUGACCACCCAAAUCCGCGCCAAUCCAUGGAUUGGAUGCCUCCUCCGAAGCCCACCUCGCCGCGCUCCCCUCCCCUCCUCUGGGACUGGGCCGACGCCGCCGUGCCGGGCUCCUCCUCCGGCGAGGUAUCCGCCGCCGCCGCCGCCGCCGCGGCUCAUCCGGGAAGGCGGCGGAAGGAGAAGCGAGGCAGGGCGGAGGAAGGAGGAGGUGGUGGUGGGGAGGUGAGGUGCCAGGUGGAAGGGUGCGGGGUGGAGCUCGUCGGCGUCAAGGACUACCACCGGAAGCACCGCGUGUGCGAGGCCCACUCCAAGUUCCCCCGCGUCGUCGUCGCCGGCCAGGAGCGCCGCUUCUGCCAGCAGUGCAGCCGGUUCCAUGCGCUCUCGGAGUUUGAUCAGAAGAAGAGGAGCUGCAGGAGACGCCUGUAUGACCACAACGCUCGUCGGCGGAAGCCCCAGACCGACGUGUUCUCCUAUGCAUCGGCAAGGCCGCCGUCGUCAUUAUUAUUUGAUGAUAACCGACAAAUAAGUUUUGUCUGGAACAAAGCUCCACUCAGCCAUGUAAGGCCUUUCGCAAUUUCUCCAUGGGAAAGCUCAUCUGAAGUUGGGACAACUGAUGGACAUAUUUAUUUGGAUAAAUCUCACAUAUCCAAAUCUCUCCCAGCAUUUAACACCGACAUAGAUGAGCUCUUACCAAUGAAAGACUUCUCUGCAGCCACUAUUUGGAUGUUCUUCGGUGUCCUUUUUAUCCGAACUGCGCAGGAGAGCUGCAUGUCAUUUCAUUAAGGAGAAAACAAUGUACAUAUUUUGAUGGAAGAAUGACCAUUAUUCCAUUUUGCAGGUCCGGACGCAUCUUUAACUGCUUCAAAAUUUGAUGGAGCACCGGAUCUUCAGCGUGCUCUCUCUCUUCUGUCAUCUAGUUCUUGUGGAUUACCUGAUCCUGUACAGCAAGCAUCUCGCGUCAUCCAAUUCACAGGCGCCAGCCAAAACAACCGGGAACUUCCUCCACUUAAUGGAGGGAAUUCUGCUUCAGCAUCAUGUGCCAAUGUACAAACUAUAGCACAACCGGCUCAGCUGGUUCGUUUUACCAUGAAUGCUAGCAGCAAUGCUUGUCAGUCCAAUUUCUUCGGUUUAAACCAGAUAAACUAAAGGCCUGGACUGAAAGCCCGUCGUCGAUUUCGACCAAUAUCCACCAAGGUGGCCUUGAGAAGAUACAAGAAUUGCUUCUAUCAACUAUCAGAGUGCAAACAAUGUCACAGUUAAUGUUGUCAUCAUAAAUAUCGGUAUUGGUCUCCCCUGAACUAAAAUCGAACGGAGUGAUGGCUUGCUUGUGUUUUCGAUAAUCGUUAUGCAGUUCUAAUUUUUUUUCUAUUGUUUUCUGCCAAUGUACCGAUUUUCAAACUGUGGGUCUUGUCAUUUAUACUUGUACAACCUAAUGUCAAAAUGUCAUGUAUCUUUGAAACUGUUUUUGAUGGAUUUGGGACAUGGUUUCGCUUGUA